UAUUCCAUUGCAUUCCAAAACCAAAAGCCAUAGUAACUACCCAUACUCAUAAUUAUGAGGCCUAAUAAAAAGAACAUAAUACUUACCAUUUUCAUUACCUCAAUUCUGUGCUCGUUAGAACCUGCAAUGUGCUCUACGGAAGGGAGGCGCCAGAGGCACAGAAAAAUCACCAGACCUCUUGCUUCGUACAAAGAAGCAUACAGCCAUUACAAAGGUGAACUUGCGAGAAGCGAAGUCCGCUCGCAUGCAGAAGAGGGUUACAAUCUACAAGCAGAGUCUACUGCAACAGCACCAGAACAAGGUGUGAGUUCUCCCACUUUCAACGUAUUAGCCUAUGGUGCUAAAGGUGACGGGAAAGCAGACGACACCAAAGCGUUCGAACAAGCAUGGCAAGCUGCUUGUGAACAGGAGGGAUCCACAAUGCUGGUACCAUCAGGAUCUGUGUUCCUUGUCAAACCCAUCUCAUUCUCGGGACCAAACUGUCAACCGCACAUAGUCUUCCAGCUGGAUGGGAAAAUCAUUGCUCCAACUGGCUCUGGAUCAUGGGGAUCAGGUCUACUUCAAUGGCUCGAGUUCACAAAGCUCGUAGGGAUAACAAUACGAGGUCGGGGAACCAUAGAUGGGCAGGGAUCAGUCUGGUGGAAUAGCUCCCCAACAGACGACAAUCUAGUAGACCAAAAACUUCCAAAGACCAAACCAACAGCACUUCGAUUUUAUGGAAGCACCGAUGUUACAGUAACAGGGAUCACUAUCCAAAACAGCCCACAAACACACCUCAAGUUUGACAGUUGCACAGGGGUCCAGGUUUUCAAUUUCAGUGUUUCAUCCCCAGGUGACAGCCCCAACACAGAUGGAAUUCACCUACAGAACUCCAAGGAUGUUGCCAUUCACAGCACAAAUCUUGCUUGUGGAGAUGACUGUAUUUCCAUACAAAGUGGAUGCACAGCUGUCUACAUACAUAAUGUGAACUGUGGACCUGGUCAUGGAAUUAGCAUAGGAGGGCUUGGCAAGGGUGACACUAAAGCCUGUGUUUCAAACAUCACUGUCAGUGACUCCAUACUGCAAAAUACAAUGACUGGUGUAAGAAUAAAGACAUGGCAGGGUGGAUCAGGCAUGGUCCAAGGUAUCAUGUUCUCUAAUAUUCAAGUUUAUGGAGUUGAGACACCUAUCAUGAUUGAUCAAUUUUAUUGUGAUGGAGGCAAAUGCCAUAACCAAACAUCAGCAGUAGCAGUAGCAGAUAUAUCGUACCAGUCCAUAAAAGGAACAUAUACGUCAAAACCCGUCCAUUUUGCUUGUAGUGACUCCUUGCCCUGCACAGGUGUAACAUUGGCAACGGUAGAGCUGAAGCCAUUACCAGGAAAGGAAGUUUAUGAUCCAUUCUGCUGGGAAACUUAUGGAGAACUGAAAACAAGCACUACACCAAGAAUAGAUUGUUUAAGGACAACCACGCAACCAAAGAAGAUUGUUGAUUCUUGUUGACAAAGAAAAUAAAACAUUCUCCUAUAUAUCCUAAGGCAUAUAAAUUAUAGCAGUCACUACCAGUGUAAAAAUAUGAAAUUUAUAUUUCUAUAUAUUCUUAAAUGGUUGGUA